AUGGAAAACAAAAAUACAGAGAAAGGGAAAGUGUGUGUAACUGGUGGAAAUGGAUAUGUUGGAUCCUGGCUGGUUAUGAGACUUCUUCAACAUGGCUAUUAUGUCAACACAACUGUUAGAUCUAAUACAGAGCUAGGGUUUCUCAAAGAUCUAUCAAGCUCAGCAGAAAGGCUCAGAAUAUUCGAGGCCGAUCUCAACCACCCCGACACUUUCCGAGCCGCCAUCUCCGGCUGCAUCGGCGUCUUCCUCGUCGCUCAUCAAAUGCCCACCGACACAACCACAACCACAACCAACUCCGGCGAAACCUCCACCACUUCCACCCUCGCCAUUCUUCAAGCCUGCCUCGACUCCAAAACAGUCAAACGAGCCGUCUACACUUCCUCCGCAGUCGCAGCCAUCUUCUCCACCAAAAUCUCCACCACAAUCGACGAGGAUUCCUGGUCCGACCUCGACCUCGUGCACAAAUCUCCGCCCCCGGUGGCUGCCUACGCGGCAGCCAAGACCUUGACGGAAAAAGCCGCGUUAGAAUUCGGAGAGAAACACGGGCUCGAAGUAGUCACUCUGCUUCCCACUUACAUACAUGGCCCCUUCAUCGGCCCCCGCUGCCCUGCUUCUGUCUACACGCUCGUGUCUAUGCUACUCGGGAAUGCUGACUCGUACAAGUACUUAGCGGGUUCGGUUGAUGUGGUGCACGUGGAUGAUGUUGCGAGCGCGCAAAUUUUCCUUUUUGAGUCGGGUGUUGCGAAAGGGAGGUAUAUUUGUUCGGCCGUCGGAACCACCAUUGAUGAAUUGCAUCAGUUGCUUUGUAGCAGAUAUCCUAACUAUCAAAUUGCGCCUCCUGAUUGUUCUAUGGGGAGAACAUAUGAGAUUUCGUCACAGAAGCUUCUGGAAGCAGGUUUUAAGUACAAGUAUGGACUGGAAGAAAUGUAUGAUGGAGCUAUUGAGAGUUGCAAAAAGCUUGGACUUUUUUAGUUUGGCAAUACAAAAUUAAUGUGUACAACAUUUAUAAGAUUUAAGUGGUAUUAAUUCUAUAUUAAAUAAAGUUUAUUCUGUUA